AUGGUCGACAUCACGGAGCAGGAUGCGUGGAUCGCGCAUCUCAGCGAGUGCAAACAGCUCUCGGAAAACGAUAUCAAGCGUCUCUGCGACAAGGCUCGCGAAAUCUUGCUCGGCGAGUCCAACGUCCAACCUGUUCGCUGCCCCGUUACUGUAUGCGGUGACAUUCACGGCCAAUUUCACGACUUGUCAGAGCUCUUCCGCAUCGGUGGCAACUCACCUGAUACCAACUACCUGUUUAUGGGCGAUUACGUUGACCGUGGUUACUACUCGGUCGAGACCGUCACGUUGCUCGUGGCACUCAAGGUGCGCUACCGUGACCGCGUCACCAUCUUGCGUGGUAACCACGAAUCGCGACAAAUUACCCAGGUCUACGGUUUCUACGACGAAUGCCUAAGGAAAUAUGGCAAUGCGAAUGUGUGGAAGUACUUUACCGAUCUUUUCGAUUAUCUUCCAUUGACCGCCUUGAUUGACGACCAGAUCUUCUGUCUGCACGGCGGUCUUUCACCGUCUAUCGACACUCUGGACCACAUUCGAUCCAUCGACCGUAUCCAAGAAGUGCCGCACGAAGGUCCUAUGUGUGACUUGCUGUGGUCUGACCCAGAUGACCGAUGUGGAUGGGGCAUCUCGCCACGAGGUGCGGGCUACACGUUUGGCCAAGACAUUUCGGAAGCGUUCAACCACAACAAUGGCCUGACACUGGUGGCACGAGCACAUCAAUUGGUCAUGGACGGAUUCAACUGGUCGCAAGAGCGUAACGUUGUUACCAUCUUUUCGGCACCCAACUACUGCUACCGAUGCGGCAACCAGGCAGCCAUCAUGGAAAUCGACGAGAACCUCAAGUAUACCUUUUUGCAGUUUGACCCAGCUCCGCGUGCCGGCGAGCCGUUGGUCUCGAGACGCGUGCCGGAUUACUUUUUGUAA